AUGAAUGAAUCUUCUACAAAUAUUCCACUGGCAUGUAUUACGGCGUAUGAGCUGUCGUUUCAUCCAGUUUAUAGAAAUUUUCAAAUAUAUCAGUUGAUUAUGCUUUUUUCUUCCUUAUUUCCGUUAACUUACUUUAUUUUAUUCCAGCUUCUGAAAUCCAGUUUUCAUGGAAAUCUCAAGGUAUUUGAAUUUAUCUUCAAUUAUUUAAAAUUUUCAUUUUCUGAGUCUUCUUGUUGGUUAUUUUGGAGCAAUUCUCGUGUUCAGUGUGGUAUUCCUUGUUGAAGCUUUUAUCCAAGUGUUACUUCCAUUCAUAUCAGAGCAAAAGUGCGACUUAUUAAUCCAACCUAAAUACUACAAGCUUGGCAACCUUUUGGGAUGUCUUCUUAUGACAAUUCCUACAUUUUUCCCAAUUUCAAUAACUUUUGAACGACUAAUUGCUACAAAAAUGGCUGAUGAUUACGAAAAAACUCGUGUAUUUUUGGGACCUAUUCUUGCCAUCUUUUUGGUACUACUAGAUUUAUUUCUCAUUUUACUCAUCUACAAGGAAGCAAUUGUCACAGGAGGUUCAAUAUCGUUUGUAUUCAUUCCGGCAUCAAUAGCUUCAAAAAUGUACAUGUUUUUUAUUAUGAUGCUGAUUUUAAAUUCGUUCAAUUUUUUCUUCAGCUUCUUGUUGCUUCGAAGAAACGCACAAUUGAAAAAGUCCAAUUCAACACUAGCUGCAAAAUUCCAAUUGGAAGAAGUUUAUUCUUCGACUAAAUUUUCCAUUUCGGUUAUAUUCGUGCAUGUAACAUUUUUUGGGAGUUACACGACUAUCACUAUUUUGUUAAGAUAUUUCGGAAGUUAUUUUUUCAGUGAUCCAAUAGAUUUAGGGGCAGUCCGCGGAGCUUUCAUGACGAUGAUUUCAUCGUACAAUUUUGCAGUUGGAGUAGCAUCAGUAUACUUUAACUACAUAUAUCGAAUAAAGAAAAUUAUCGAGAUCAAAGGAAAUAUCAGAAUAGUGGCAACUGGCCAGGCAGGUGCUAUUAACUACGACAAGGCUAUCUUCAAUAUUUGGAAUUCUACUUCUUCAACAAAUAAUACCAGUUAUUGA